AUGUCCACCUCUACCAGCGGCCAAGGCAUGAGCAAUGCAGAAAUUCUGGAGCUCGUUGCAUCCGAUGGCACUCAGAGCUACGUCUUCGAGGAAUCGUCACUCAACCAAAUGGAGGCCAACCCUCCGCAAGAUGCUGUCUCUGCUGAAGAUGUACCUCCGAAUGGUGGCUAUGGCUGGGUUUGCACAGCUUGUGUCUUCCUGAUCAAUGCCCAUACCUGGGGACUGAACAGUGCAUGGGGUAUCUUCCUAGCCCACUACCUCAGUGAUCCUGCUUUCCAACACGCGUCACAUCUCGAGUACGCCUUGAUUGGCGGUCUCUCAAUCUCCCAGUCUCUGUUAAGUGCGCCUGUCGUGAACAUCUCCACGAGGCACUUAGGCAUGAGGUUCACUCUUCUCAUCGGCACCGCCUUGCUCUUCGUUGCCCUCUUCGGUGCUUCAUAUGCGACAGAGAUAUGGCAUCUGUUCUUGACACAAGGUGUUUGUUUCGGAUGGGCCAUGGGCUUUCUCUACAUCCCGGCUACUGCUGCUCUCCCCCAAUGGUUUUCCACGCGCCGGAGCCUCGCCAUGGGAAUUGCAUCUUCGGGAGCUGGUCUUGGGGGGCUGGCGUACAAUCUCGCGGCAGGUGGCAUCGUCCAGAGCUUGGGCAUGAAUUGGGCUUACCGCAUUUUGGCAUUCUGCGGGCUCGCUGUCAACGGAGCCUGCUCACUCCUGCUCAAGGACCGCAACAAGGCCGUUCAACCUUUGCAAAACGCUUUCAACUAUCGUGAAUACGGCCACAUUGAGGUUAUCCUAGUCGUCAUCUGGGGAGUGCUUACUGAACUGGGUUAUAUUGUCUUGCUCUACUCUCUACCCAACUACGCGACUUCUAUCGGUCUCACGGCUGGACAAGGAUCCGUUGUUGGUGCUGUUCUCAAUCUUGGUCUUGGAGUCGGCAGACCGGUGAUUGGAUACUACUCGGAUGCCUUUGGCCGUAUCAAUAUGGCAGCAAUUAUGACCGCGCUCUGUGGAGUUCUCUGCCUCGCCUUGUGGGUGCCAGCGAAAUCCUACGGCGUCCUCAUAGCCUUCGCUCUGACAUCAGGAUGCGUCUGCGGCAUCUUCUGGAACACCGUCACACCAGUGACCGCCGAAGUGGUAGGGCUCAAACGACUGCCUUCUUCCUUUGGCAUCAUUUGUCUGUCAUUGGUUGUGCCGACGACUUUCGCCGAACCGAUUGCCCUUGAAAUGGUCAGUGCGUCUGGAUACCUCAGCUCGCAGAUCUUUGUGGGCUGUAUGUUCCUCCUCGCUGCGGCAAGUACGUGGGUGCUUCGAUCGUGGAAGAUCAAUCAGGUCGAAUUGAAAGCCGCAAGGGAACAAGGGAUCAGCAGCCCAGGUGCUGCCUCACAGACCAGGAUGGAUCAUGGAUAUUGGCUGACACCACAAAGACUGCUCUGGCUGGGCAGAGUAUGA